GUGCCUCCUGAAACAAAUGUUCUUUGAUCUAUCUAUUCACAGCCGGCCUUGUUCCAUUCACUGGCUGGCGCUGUCAAAGACUGCCUGAGACAAUGGGUUUGUGAAUAUUAGUAGACGGCGGUCCAACCACUGUUUUCGAGAAGUCGUGUCGCAUCAAUAUCUGCUCCAACAUAGCUUUGACAGCGCAGGGCGUAGUCAACGAUUCGAAAUUUCAAGAAGAACAGAGCAAUCGAGAAGGUCCCGAGCAAACCAUACCGCUAACAGACAUGCAUCUCCGCACGGUCCACCGUAGCAAUUAUUACUCAGCUCCGGCACAGUCGACGCUGGCUCGUCGAGACUCUAGCGGCGGCGACAACCUCUGGCAGGUUGUUGUUGCUCCUGUAGCGAUCGUCGUCUCGAUCAUGCUUCUAGUAUGUCUUGUCGUUGGCUUUGUAAAGUCGCGAAUCUCUCGCAAGCGCAAGUUCCGCGGUCAGUUGCAACAUCUGCAAAGCGGGAGCUUGAGGCAGAAGAAGCGCAAGACGAAGGCCCAAGCCCACACUCAUCAUGAUGGGAAUGACCAGAUCGAGAUUGGCUAUCCAGACGCUCCCGCUCCUACGCAUGCGAGAGUAUGGAGUCGGGCCGGUUACAGCGAAUACCAGUCCACGUUCCGAGCUACUCCAGAAAAUCGAUCUUCGAGUGGGUGGUCUACUUACAGUGGCCAGCUUACCACUGGGCACCAGUCGCGAGGAUCUGACGGGUUUGAGCCUGCACCCACACGCUCAACGUAUCGACCCUAGAAAUGGCGGCGAAGGUGGUUGGUCUUUGGAUCGUGGAGGAAUUCUGGUCGGCGGCGGUGGUGUUGUAGCAUGAGAUAUAGCAUCAAAUUGAAAGCGAGCGGCGUGCGAUACCCAAUGUG